CCUGUGAAUGAUGAAUGACCUGAAUCCGACCCGAACGAUGGGUUUCCGAUGAUCCACUUGCACAGUUGUCCUUCCUCGAUUAUUUCGUCCCUUUUCCAAACGAUUGUAUUGUUCUGGCCGUUCGCAGCUUGGAGGAGCAAACUUUGCAGGACAUACUGCCGAUGCUCCGUCGAAUCAUCGCUCAGAUCCUUCGGCCUCGAGCGCUCCAGGAAAAUCGCGUUCAGGUCGCUCCGCUCGAGACUAGCGAAGCAAACUGAAGGGUCGACGAAGAUAUUUGAAUGAAACCAGAAAGGGUGGCCGGAGAAGAUCCCGGAGACGAAUCCGAAUCUUUCACCGCACUUUCCUGGGUACUUCUAUCGAAUUUGAACCCGGGUUUCACCCUUUUGACGAUCGACCCGAAGAGAGCGGUCGAUUCUUGUUCAAUCUUUCUUCGAUCCGGGGUUUGAUUUGAGGGGGCUCAUUCGGAGGGUAAGGACGUGGAUAUCGAUACCCUUCGCAUGCGCGAUGAGGGCGAAAAUGGCGUCGUUUUAUCAGGGUCACGUUAAUGCGACUCAGGUAACCUAAUCGAAUGCCUCGAAAGAAUUUACGCAAUUUAGUCUUUUAUUUUUUUUGCACCCAAUAAGUAAUUCGUGAAAAUGUUGUGAGUGUUAGCUGUUUGCUGUGUUCUCGAUGAUACUUUUUGAUAUCCGGUGAUAACGUCAGUUAGGGACGUACUUUGUGUGUCGGAACUAUCAGAUUCAUCAACAGCAAUCGGAGUUAGUCGAUCAGUUCUACACGAAUUUUAGUUCCACGGUGCGAUGUGAUGGGCGACGGAGUCUGCUCAAGGGAUGAUGGAAGGAGCAGAGGAAGAGGUAUAUCAGCCUGAAAUUUCAAGAGACAGUUGAGUGGUGCGGGCAUAAGGUUUAUAACAGCCGACCAAGAGGAAAUGGUAACCUCCAGCAGGUUCCGCACCAGCAAAGGGGCAUCUUGGGCAGUCAAGCUCCAAGAAACCUUGUGGAAGCUUAAUCAUAGAUAUUUAGUAUGUUGGUGCAGGCAUAUACCAUUAUCUUUCUUCUCUGUUCAUCAAAAGUUUCAGUGAGGACUUAUGCAGUAAAACCAGUAGAUUAAGGGGCACUAAGGAGGCUGGGUGGUCUUUGAGCACUCCCUGAUGCCUUACAUAAUCGAGGCAUUCUUGGGUGAUUGGCUCAUUGAAUAUUCUGCUGUUCGAUGCCAGCAGUGUCGGUGGCUUGAUUGGUAGCUACAGAUAUCUAGACAUGCAUAUAGUUCCUAUUCAAUUUUUUUCGUGUGAAACUUAAUAAGAAUAAAUGGCAGGAUUCGCUUUCAUUCUUGUAUUGCCUUAUUAAUGAUUGUGCUAGGUGUGACAAAACAUCUCCCGGAGUUGUCUUGUUCUGCAUGUUCAAAGAUGUCCUAUAUAGCUUGGUUGCAUGAGUUGUUGGCUAUUGACGGGUUCGGAGCGAGUCUGGGAUUUUGGGUGCUUGUGUUUUAUUUCGUUUUUAACAGCCUAGUGUCUUUUGUUUUUCUCUUUGCAAAGGAUAACAACUCGAGCUCAGGACUUAAUUAUUUUUACUCGCUUAGUUCUUCUAAACCAUUUUUCCAAGUCCUGCUAUUUUGGAAAAUAAAUAAGAUGUGUGAAUUGAUCUCAAAUAAAUGAUCGAGUAAUGUUGGUACAGCUUUAAGUUAACACGGAGAUAUAUACGGAAGUCAAUUGCUUACACUUUAAUCGUAUGAAGAGUCUUGGUGAAUGCUUGAUAUGAGCUUUUUGUGCAAUUAUUUGGUAACUAAUCUUUCUCAUAGAAACUCGAAAAAUCCCUACGGUGAUUUGUUUUCUUUUUUUUCUCCUGCAGUUCAACCAAAAUUAGCGUCUCCAAACUGAUACGCUCCCGGGAGAGGCAGAGGCAGAGGCGCCCGCCGAGGAAGCGGGAGGCGAAAGUUAUAGUGGCGAUGUCGGGGAAGCAGAAGAGGAGGCGGCGGCGACGGCUUGGCGGUGCUGUAACAGUCUGGACGUCAAUCCGGUGAUCGGCACCGCCCUUGUUGAUGCAUAAGGCGCGUACGCCAUACAGCGUGACACUUCCAGAGGACGAUCGAACUGUGCGACCUCUUUUAUUGCGGUGCUGACUACCUGUGGCGAUGCUGGAUGGGCGGACGAGGCCGAUAUAAUUACGUUGAUAUGAUGGUAUGUGCUCACGCUUGGCUGGUACGUUGGCCACUAUAUAUAUAUAUACAUAUUAUUCGUCGGUGUCGAAAAGGGUCGAGUCGCUGAGAAGUCGACAGAGCGGAGGGACCGUGGAGCACAGGAGGGCAGUGGGAAGCGUUGGAUGGAAGCCACGAGGAGGAGCAUGUCUUUAUUGAAGGACACAAUAAGCAAGGCAAAGAUUUAUGUUUCUUCCCAUCGUUCACACCCCACAUUCACAACACUCCAUGUGUCCCAGUUCUCCUACGUCUUUUGACUGGUUUCCAAGGGUAUGGUAAAACUAAACUAUUAUAUGAAAAGAAGAUGACUGGUAUGUAUAACUGGCAACUGGCAAUUCCCUAGUCAAAAGUUCGACACAGUUCUAGAAAAUGUCCCGAGUAUCCUCCGCCAAGCACUUAUUUCAAAGCGAAAGUUGUUGAAGAGAAAAGGUAACCCACUACAUCUUCCUUCGCUUAAAGGUAACUGAGAAGGAGAAGAUUAGAAUAAGAGCAAAAAGUUGGCGAAAGAUGCACCAGAGGGACAUUCCUUGACAGAGAUCGAGGGAGAAGGAGAGGGAGAGACAGACGAGAGGGAGAGAGUGUGCGAGAGAAGGGAAACCCUGGUAGAUGGGCAUUUCUGGAGCCCAACUCCAACACCACCGCCACCGCCACUCCCUUUCUCCUCCCCAGAUCUCUAAAACCCCAUUUCCACUCCUUACAAUAACCCUAACACUUCUGUCUCUUCUCUUCCUCUUCCCCGUCGUCGCGGGUGACCUCUACUCCCUGGUCUACAAGGGCUGCGCCAACCAGACCCUCUCGGGUAGUGGCUCCGCAUACAUGCAGCCCCUCGCCGCACUCUCCUCCGCCCUCACCGCCCGGGCCGCCUCCGCCAAGUUCUACAAAACCACCACCUCCUUGGCCGGCGGCGGCCAGCCCCUCUUCGGCGUCUUCCAAUGCCGCGGCGACCUCCCCCCCUCGGACUGCUCCGCCUGCGUCGGCCGAGUCCUCCUCAUGUGGGCGUCCCUCUGCGGCACCGCCGCCGCCGCCGCCCGAGUCCAGCUCAACGGGUGCUACGCUCUGUACCAGGCCUCCGGCUUCCCCCAGGUCUCCGGCACCCAGAUGCUCUACAAGACCUGCGGUUCCGGGCGGGGCGGUGGCGGCUUCGAGGUGAAGCGCGACACGGCCUUCUCCCAGCUCCAGAGCGGCGUCGCCGGCGGCCAGGGGUUCUUCGCCACCAGCUACGCGUCCGUAUACGCCAUGGCGCAGUGCGAGGGAGACCUCUCCGCCGGCGACUGCAGCGAGUGCGUCGCCCAGGCGGUUCAGAAGUCGGAGGUGGAGUGCGGCGCCGCCGCCUCCGGCCAGGUGUACCUCGACAAGUGCUACAUCAGCUACAGCUAUUACGCCAAUGGCGUACCUCACGGCGACAACAACAGCGGCGGAGGAGGGCAAACAGAGAAGACAGUGGCCAUAGUGGUGGGAGGGGCAGCAGGGGUUGGGUUCUUGGUGAUCUGCUUGCUGUUUGCCAGGAGUGUACUGAAGAAGAGAGAUGAUUAUUGAAGGUUGGUGGUGACUGGUAAGUGGCGCGGCAGUAAUAGAGGAGUAAUUGAAGGGAGAUGGAGUUUGGAGAGGGGAUUGUGUCCUUGUAUAGGGUUGGGCUUCACAGAGGAGGGAAUGGAUGUUUGUCCAUUGGGAAUGGAUUCGUGGCUGGAGCACAGAGCGGUCCUUUGGCUGUUUCCUUUUAUAAUGGUUUCAUCCAUCAUGUCAGAGAGGGGGAGGGAAUACUGGAUGACGGGUCCAAUCUGCUCUCACUGUGGGGAGAAGCACCUCUCUUCUUUUUCAAUCAUCAUCACGUAUAUCUGUCCCUACAUAGAGGGAUGGAAGUGUAUACAGAGAUUCAAGGGAUUAUUUUUGACACAAGACAUUCUCGAGUAAAUUUUGCAGAAUCCCUUUCUACCUGUUUCAGGGCUUUAAUAUAGUGGGCAAACUUUUGGAUCAUACCAAUCAGCAUUGAAAGGUCAGUCACAGGAUUAUACUCUUUUAGAGCUUAGUAUAGCGACAACAGUGGUCAUGAUAAUUUGUUUGAGUAGAUUGCUAUUACAGCUUGCAGUAAGUUUUCAUUGGUUUCUUGUAUCAGAACCCUUGAUGAGAUGUUCUGCUUCCUCCGUUAUAAUUCUAUUAUUUGUAAAUUUUUGUA